AUGCCUGCGGACUACGAGUCCACAGCGCGGGCACUGGCGCUCUCGACGUCGCCGUCGGAGCCCGAUCCACCAUCGCCGGGCAGCGAGAACCAACUGCCCUGGAGUCGGUCGGGCUGCCGGGACUCCUCGACGCGCUGGUCGGAUGAACAGGCAAGCGGGUUCCGCGAACGCACGGUGAAGCGCACCAAAGAACUAUACAGCAAGGUCCGGGAACGAUGGGAAGGGAUGACAUUAUGGCAGAAAAUCGGCUUCUAUGCCGCAUCACUGUUGGUAGGGGCAUUGGGCAUUGGCUUCAUGGUUUUGACGGGCAAGAUAUUCAUCUGGUUGGGCCCAGUCGCUGAAAGAUGGGAGCGCUCCCCGUUGGCCGCAUUUGUCCUGUGGCUCUGUGUCUUUUUUGUCUCAUUCCCGCCGUUGGUGGGGUGGUCGACUUUUGGCACGGUGGCAGGCUUCAUAUUUGGAUGGUGGAAGGGAUGGAUUCUCUAUACCACUGCGACCGUCCUCGGAUCGACCGCCUCGUUCUAUGUUUCACGUACCGUACUAUCCAAAUUUGUGAAGCGCCUGAUGGAACACGACAAGCGGUUUGCGGCGCUAUCACUGACAUUGAAGUAUGAUGGUCUGAAGCUUCUAUGCAUGAUCCGUCUGUGUCCCUUACCUUACUCCAUCUGCAAUGGCGCCGUGUCUACCUUUCCUACGGUGCAACCCUUGAUGUAUGGAUUAGCCACGGCCAUUAUCUGCCCGAAGUUGCUAGUCCCGGCCUUUAUCGGCAGUCGUAUUCGUCUUCUUUCCGAGAAGGGCGAACAGAUGAGUGCCGGCUCCAAGGCCGUGAACAUCAUUAGUAUUAUUGUGACAAUUGGUGUGGGAGCUUUCACUGGUUACUAUAUUUACAACAGGACUUUGGCUCGUGCGAAAGAACUUGAAGCCAAAGAGCGCGCUGAAAUUCGAGAAUCCCUCGAGGGCGACCAUGCCGCCCACCGGCCCCACGGCAGGUUCUCUGAUGAUGAUGAUGCCAACGAAGCGGCCCGAAUACUUGCUCGCGAUGAAGAAGAGCGCAUUGGAUUUGAUGACGAUCAAGUCGAUCUUGAUCUAGCGGACGAGAGUGACAGCGACCCUUCAGGUCAUUGGAAGAAAACCAACCGCCGGUCCUACCAUGAUGAUUUCACGGAUAAUGACUCGGAUGACUUCCCGGGUGAUGCGGAUGAGGCCUAUGGGCUCCACAGCCACAUCGCACGGCCGACCUGA